AUGGGGAAAUCCGGUUGCACUAGUGAUGGCUCUGUGGAUGUCUCCAAAUUCAAUGAGCCAAUGCCGCGGGUUGGUUUGUACAUUGCCGGAGCAUCUGCAGCUUGCGCAAUCGGCAUGGCAGUCGACGCGAUUCACGGCAUACGCUACCGAAAGUUUUGGUUUCCAAGCAAGUUCUUCACCCUGAAUGCCACAACUCUGACUCUUGUAGCAGUGGCCACAAAAUUGUCCGUCGAUUUGAACACGUCGAUGCCAAGGCCGCAGGAUCAGCUCCCGAAACUCAGCAGCACGGUGUUGGUUUGCACCAUGAUGGCGAGUUUCAAGUCGUCUUUAGGUACUACAACGGACAACAAUGAGCUCUUGGCCAACUUGGUGGCACUGGGGAUAUUCGUCGUCACUGUUAUGGUAAACAUCUGUAUCGAAUUAGGUACGGGAGUAAUUUAUAUUUUUUGUAGGGAAUAUGCUGUGAUUCUUGUUGUCAUGUUCACUAUGCUUGCUCUUAAGAUCUCUUCAGCUCUGACAAUUCCUCCCACCAAGAAAUUCUUCGAGAUAAAGAGUAAGGAAAAGCUUCAAUUAGCAAAGAAUGAAUGCAAUGAUGAAAUGAAUCAAAACUCUAAUAAUGCCAGUCGAGAAGUAUGUGAUAAGCUGAAGAAAGAUUUGACGAAAUACUGGAUGAUGGCACACACUUGUGACACGCAAUUCGUGUUAGCAAGAUUAACAACUUGUAGUGCCUCGGGGGCGUUUUGUCUCAUCAGCACAAGCACAUUAACAGAGGCCGCGAUUCGCUGUUACUUCUUUCCUCGGCAGUUUAAAUUUUGUGGUGGCGAGUCCUAUUAUAAUUGGUCGAUCAUGCCGAUUCUGAUUACUCAAUCUAUGGCAAUUGGAAUGGGUACAUUGGCUCCAGCUUCCAGAUACUUUGCGACCAUCAAUUUUGUUGAUGAUCAAAGGCCUGUUAGAACAAGAAGAGAACCUGCCAAGUUAAAGGAUGCCAUUAGAUAUUAA